UCAGCUCCAUCUCUUCCCACACUACUGUAUAAAUACUAUCUUAUGGGACUCUUGGCGGUACUAACACAUAAUGGCCUGACAAGAUGGCAGCCAAGUACCCCAAAAACCUUAAAUUAUUCUGUACCUGCUUUUACCUAUUAUUGUUAGCUGGAAGGAUGAUGACAAAUGAAAGCUCAGUGAAAACCACAUUAUAGUUGAUGUCAGCCGUGUUGGGUGCCACCUCUGGUCACCUUAGGCUGGUGAUAGGUGUGUGAGGCGAUAAUCUGAUAGCCAAUGAGAGGAUUAAUGGGGCAGUAAAGUUAUGUUACACAAAGGACCUUUCCAGGCUAACCCUUCCUGAAUUAAUUAUUCUUACCACAUAGUAAAUGUCAUAAAAAGAGGAAUAACGUCUGCCAAUAAAACAUCAGAUUUUAUAUCCAAAGUACCACACCUCCCCCAUGGAAAGUAGGCUAAUGCUUAGGGUUUUCUAUGUAUUUAACAGAUUCCUUCAUUUCCCUUCACCUAGGAAACAUCAGACAAGCUCAGAAAAAGUGAGAAAACCAUGCAAAGAAUUUUCUGUCUUAUUCUUUAAAAAAGGGACAUAAAAUCAAUCUAUUUUAAUUUUCAAGUAAUUAUUAAAUUCUUAUUUUUGCUGUGAUUUUCUCAAGCAAGCAUGACAUUAAUAGACAUGAAACCAGUUCAAUUUCACCAGUGUAAUCCACGGGGAUCAUAAAAGAUCAAAAUCCCUGCACAGCUUUGACUGUUUAUGUUUGACAAUUACCAAAAUUGUUUGACACUCUCUAAAGUGAGGUAAUGAAAUACUUUGGACAAGUUGGAAUCUUCCUAAACUUGCCUUGCUGGGAUAUGCAGAACAACCACCGUCAUGACAGCAGGGCAGCUCAGCAGAGGAUAAUGGUAUUUAGAUGCCCUGUAAGUAUGCGGAUUCUCUCAGUCAGCAACAUUAAUGGGGACAUGAGGCAUCCUGCUCAUGUCCUGCAUGCUUAGGUAAAGGGGGUAUUAGCAGUAAUGCUGGUUAGUCAGUCAAUGUCCUCUCUUUGCCGUGUGGUACACUGGUGUUGAUCACCAUGGGGAGCACCAAGAAGGCAGGAAACUUGUGGACCAGGAGGCAGAGUCUUUUCCCCAACUACAAAGUCACAGACUCGGAUGCUGCUCGAAGACCUUCUGAGGUCGUUUACCCACUAGCCAAGGAGAGUUGUGUGAAGACAUGGAACUCUAUGCAAGAACUGAGUAGGGACAUCUAUGAUAUUUACGCCGAGUAUGAGGAAGAAGAAGAGGAGGGUGGCCCACUCAGCUUCUCCAGGCAGAUAUCACCCUCCAAGAAGAACUACGUGAUCAACAUCAACGUCGGGGGAAAGCCCUAUCAAAUAGCUUACAAAAUGGCAGCAAAGUACCCCAAGACCAGGAUAGGACGACUGGCCACGUACACGGAUCACAACAUGAAGUUGGACUUGUGCGAUGACUACAUAGUGACUAGCAAUGAGUACUUCUUUGACAGGGAUCCUGAGGUCUUCCACAGCAUCUUCAACUUCUACAGGACGGGUGUGUUGUGGAUCAAAGAUGAGCUUUGUCCCCGCAACUUCCUGGAGGAAAUCAACUACUGGGGAGUGAGGAUCAAAAACACCAACCGCUGCUGCCGCAUCUCCUUCGAGGAGAGGCAGGACGAGCUGAACGACCAGCUAAAGAUCCAGCGGGAACUGGAGGCUGAGGUGGAGAUCGAGGAGAAUGAGGAGCUGUUCCACGACAUGUUCAUGGGUCAGACACGUCGAGCGAUAUGGAACUUGAUGGAGAAGCCUUUUUCUUCUGUCAAGGCAAAGAUGAUGGCCGUGGCCUCCAGUCUUUUUGUCCUGAUCUCCCUGGUGGCCAUGACCCUCAACACGGUGGAGGAGAUGCAGUACAAAACCCAUGCCGGUCACUUAAGUGGCAAGACUUAUUGUGAAUAUGUAGAGUCCAUAUGCAUUGCUUUCUUCACCAUGGAGUAUGUGCUGCGUCUGAUAUCCACACCUGAUCUCAGAUCCUUCAGCAGGAGUGUCCUCAACACAGUGGACCUCAUCGCCAUCCUGCCGCAGUACCUGCAGGGCGUCCUGGAGUACUUCGACAGCGAGGAAAACUACAUGAAGCAUGAGGCUGACAUAAAGGCGGUGGGGCAGGUGGGCAAGCUGGGGCAAGUGUUGAGGAUCAUGAGACUGAUGCGAAUCUUUCGAAUCCUGAAGCUAGCUCGCCACUCCACCGGUCUGAGGGCGUUUGGCUUCACCCUGCGCCAGUGCUACCAACAAGUGGGCUGCCUCUUCCUGUUUAUCGCUAUGGGCAUCUUCAGCUUUUCUGCCAUGGUUUUCACUGUGGAGCAUGACAUGCCGCAGACUAACUUCACCAGCAUUCCUCAUGCCUGGUGGUGGGCAGCUGUGAGCAUCUCCACUGUGGGCUAUGGAGACGUGUACCCGGAGACCGUGCUGGGUCGAGUCUUCGCCUUCAUUUGUAUCGCAUUUGGCAUUAUCCUCAACGGCCUGCCCAUUUCCAUCCUCUUCAACAAGUUCUCUGACUAUUACUCCAAACUCAAAUCCAACCAGUACACAGCCUGCCUGAAGAAACGUGGGAAGGUGAGAUUUGCCAAGAGGACAAUUAAUUCGCUCAGCAGCUGCUUUGGAAGUCAACACUGAUUCAGUUUUGAAAAAGGAUUUUUGGGAAAACUGCGUGAAAUAUGUUUGAAAAACAACUGGCAAUCCACUCCAGUGAGAUGGCAACAUUUGUGUGGGAACACACUCUGCAGUCUCUCUAGGGCCACCUAGUGGCAGAAAGAAGUAUUUGAAGUGGGAAGGUCGGCAGAUAUUUCUUGAAAAAACAAGAACAUUUGGAAAUCAUUUUAAAUUCAUUGUCAAGUACAAGAAGCAUAAAAUAUUCACCAUAUUCUUAUGGUAUUGCACUGCAUUGAAGAAGGUUUUUUAACCUUCUUCAUGCCCUGAAACUUCUGGGCAUGAAAGGUUUUAAAAAAUAAAAGUCUGUGUUUAGUGUUUAGUCAAUUUAAGUCAGUACUUUGUAGCACCAACUUUAGCUGGAACAUCACGGGGGUUUGAAUAAAUUUGCAAAACACUGUAGAUCUGCUCAUUUUCUUAAAAACAAAGUCUUGAAUGAAAUAGUUUAUGACUGAUCUUUCUGUAAUGCAUUGCAUUCUGUAAUGUAUUCUGUAUUACAGAAUACACGUACUCUGUAAACCUACUGAAUAUGUGGUAUACAGUAUAUUUGACCUCAUAUGCUUAGCAGUGUCAAGAAACUUCACUGAAACCUUACAAGAAGUAUCUUGGAGAUUAAUAUUUCUGUGAGAUGUGGCUUCAGUGAAGCUCAGGUGAGGAUAUAGAGGGAAAUGUUUACAAGGGAUACUGUAAUAAAGCAAGGCCAAGAUAUGAAAUAUAAGUAACAACUCUUUUCUACAUUACAAUGUUGUUGUUUAUGGAGAAUGGAAAAUGGAGAAUGUUUCUGGUUCUGUACAAGCACCAGGACAUGAAUGAGGAAACCAUUUUUUGGGGUUUGUUUGUGUAAGAGUAGCUGAUGUGUUUUCAUUUUGUGCUCCUUCUCUGGAUCUCAGAGAUUGUUAAAUGCUUGCCUGUAAAAAGUGGUGCCGCUUUUCAAAACUGCAAUAUCCAUUGGCGAAAUGCCAAUGAUGCUGGUGUGAUAAAAAACCUGCAAUGCAUGGAACAAAAUCAGACUGCUGUCUUUUUGAAUAAACUCUGCUCUUGCUUUAA